AUGAAGGCAUCUUGUCCAGAGUCAUCUUCUGACGAGGUGCCUGCAUCUCGAUCGACGUGCGUUUUUCUGCCGUCUCGAGAUCACUUUCCACCUGGCUUAGAUACCGCGUGCACUCACAGCACAAAAUUCGCUAAAAUGCAUGGAUUUAGCGCGACCAACGCAUCCACACUCGACUGCACACCCAAUUUAAGCCACGACUGCCCUCCGCUGCCGUGUAACCCCUGGCAACGCACUUUUGCCUGUGUCGCGUGCCGGCGAAGACACGACCAUGUUCUACCAUUAUCCCAUUUCUACCAUUUUCUCAACUCAACUAGCACCACUUUGCUCCUUCGCAGCUCAACCUCGACCGACCCUCGGAGAGUGAGAAUCUCAGCCAAUCCGCUGGCGCCAAUUCGACUCAUCAAGCCAUACCAUCGAGGAAUGGAUUCUCAGUGUCCAUAUAUCACGUCUGAAUUAGACCCUCUGGUAGCCGAUCCCACGCUUUCAGUGCUUAACUCACCUUACGCUACCCAAAGUGGCCAACGUUGCUUUUCGCGAAACAGUCCGAAGUACAUCGUGAUUCACCAAGUCGAAGAGUCGCUCGGCAACUCGGCAACAGACCCUCCCUCUGACUUGGUUACAGUCCAUCCAUCGCCUCGAGGGCCUUCAGAAUGCACAUUCCGUGUCUAUGACCGGCUCUACGGACCUUUUUGCACUGCUCCAUGCGCUGUUCCAACGACGUCGCUCCUUAUGCUUGCUCCAAACCACAACUUUCCGUAG